AUGACCGACCCAGGACUGAACAACCUCCUCAAGUGGGGAAUCCAAAACUCCCAGGCCUCGCGCACCCAUGGCGCCUCUGCAGAUCAGCCCGCGACUCAGAUUGACGCCGAGGCGCUGCGCCAGCUCGUUACUGGCAUGUCUGGCCCCUCGGACGCCGAAUUGAUGCAGGAGAGCAUGCAGGUCAUCCGCAACGAAGAAGCCGAAUUGGAACACCGCACCACGGCAUUCGACAACUUUGAGCAGCUCAUUGAGAAUCUCGACAAUGCAAACAACAUCGAGAACCUGGGCCUGUGGACGCCCUUGAUCGAGCAGCUCCAACACAAAGAGCCCGACCUGAGGUUCUACGCCGCAUGGUGUUGCGGCACCGCUGUGCAGAACAACAUCCGGACACAAGAGCGACUCCUGGUCGUCGGCGCCAUCCCCACGCUAGUCCGCAUGGCAACUUCAGACGAGGACAAAAAGGUCCGCAAGAAGGCCAUUUUCGCCCUCUCGUCAUCCGUCCGCAAUUUCCAGGCCGCGCUCGACGCCGCGCUCGAGCACAUGCCUGCCGAGUUGAAGCCUCAAGAAAAGCUCGACGCCAAUGACAUGCAAUCAGUGGAUGUGUUGAUCAACAAGCUGCGCGACAAUGUGUAA